AUGACGAGGCUCACAUCCCAUUCUCAGCUCUCAGAGCAUCAAGUGCAUCCAGACCCAACCGCAACGGCUCCCCUUUUGCCCGCAUCGGCGCCUCUUCCGCAUCAAGCGACACCUCUGCACAAACCACCACGAUGGUGGAGUCCUGCGUUCGGAGCGCACACCUCUUCUACUGGUCAAUCUGGAUAUGGACUCGAACCCAACAGUUGGGCCAAGCUUCGUUACGUCUACCGCCAAGAGCUAGCUGAAUUCUUUGGAACGUUUCUCAUCCUUAUUUUUGGCGCCGGUGUGGAAUGUCAGGUCAACAUGCACUACCACUCUGGUGAGACCAGAGAUGUAGCUGCGUAUGGAAGCUAUUUUCAAGGACGUCUUGCUUGGGCGGCGGGUGUAGCAAUGGCAGUUUGGGUGAGUGGCGGUAUCAGUGGUGGUCAUUGUAAUCCUAGCGUCACCAUUGCGCUGGCGCUGUUUCGUGGAUUUCCAUGGAGCAAGGUGGUUCCUUUCAUUAUUGCACAAACGCUAGGUGCAACAUUUGCCAGCCUUUUGGUAUACGCCAACAACGUGACCAACAUUGAUCGAUUUCAAGGCGGCAUAGGUGGAAUUCGCACCGUCAAGGGCCCCGGAAGCACAGCUGGGUUCUUCUUCACGUUGCCCGCUAAGGAACUCUCGUUCUGCUCUGCAUUCUUCUCGGAAUUCUUGGCCACUGCAAUCUUGCUAUUUGUGGUGUUUGCAUUGGCAGACACGGCGAAUUUGAAACCGCCCAAGGGAACACAACCUUUUGCCAUGUUCAUUGUGCUGCUGGGCAUUGGUGCUAGUCUCGGAUACAAUACGGGGUAUGCGAUCAAUGGUGCCAGAGACACAGGUCCGAGGAUUGCGCUUUGGCUGGUAGGAUAUGGCUCCGACGUGUGGACGCACGAUGGUUGGUACUGGUUGUGGAAUCCUUGGUUAAGCAGUAUCGCCGGUGGAGCGGCGGGAGCGGCGAUGUACGAUGCAUUCUUGUACACCGGUCAGGAUAGCCCGUUCAACAGGCCCAAGAAGGUGGGAAGGAGCGCAUAUGCAUCGCUGGUUCAGGAGCAUGCUGAGGAAGAACAAGCCUAG